UGAGCUUCCUUGAUUGAAAAGGGUUACAACAAAGUCCAAUGCACAUGGUUAUGUCAAAUCAUUAGGAGGAGAGUUAGGGGAGAGUAGUAUAGUAUGUAGGUGUAUGAUUGAGCAACUAACAUUACCUACCUCUUAAUCAACUUUUGAACAAUUCUGCUUAGUUGUUGUUAGUUUUAAUGAUAUCGUUGGCGUUAUAAAAGAUUGAGACUGGGCGGCAGAAAAAGACUACAACUCCUUAAAUAAAAUAUAGUAUCACCCAUAAAUAAAUAAACAGAAAAUAGAUUGGUAAGUUUGUCAGAAACCAGAGCUAUUAAAAGAGAAGAGAGGGAGAGAGAGAACGUUUCAACGCCAUUUUUGCCGGUGAAAGCUAACUAACAAGUAACAAACUAUUCGUUUCUUUUUUUGUUUUGUCUUUUUUGUUUCUGUCAACUUCCCCUCUUUCUCUCGCUUUGAGCUAACGGGUUUCUCAUUUCUGGGACAAAAGUCUGUUCCUUUCGAUCCUCAAUGUCCAGAUGAUCUAUUGAAUUUGAGCAUCAAGAAGAAGAAGAAAAUUAACACAGAGAGAGAGAGAGAGAGAGAGAGAGAGAGAGAGAGAGAGAGGAGAGAGAGAGAGAAGAGAGAGAGAGAGAGAGAGAGAGAGAGAGAGAGAGAGAGAGAGAGAGCAAAAGGGUCUGAAGUUCAAAGCCUGUUUCAAAUAGUUCUGAAGAUCUGAAAGCUCAAAUCUUUUGAGCUUUAAGGGGGGGGGACAAUGAGCGCAUCGAGAUUCGUAAAGUGUGUGACGGUUGGUGAUGGAGCUGUCGGAAAAACAUGUUUGCUGAUUUCUUACACAAGCAACACUUUCCCUACGGUUAUCUCCCAUGCUCAUAUUCGUUUGUAUUUAAAUACAUUUUUUUUAUUGUAUAAUAAUAACAUCUCAUCAUCACGUACGUUCUUGGUUUCUCUAAUUAUACAGGAUUAUGUGCCAACCGUUUUCGAUAAUUUCAGUGCAAAUGUUGUGGUUAAUGGAGCCACCGUUAAUCUUGGAUUGUGGGAUACUGCAGGGCAAGAGGAUUACAACAGAUUAAGACCACUAAGCUACCGUGGAGCAGAUGUUUUCAUAUUGGCCUUCUCUCUUAUCAGUAAAGCCAGUUAUGAAAACGUCUCCAAAAAGUGGAUCCCGGAGUUGAAACAUUACGCGCCUGGUGUCCCAAUCAUCCUUGUUGGAUCAAAGCUUGAUCUUCGAGAUGAUAAGCAAUUCUUCGUCGACCAUCCUGGCGCUGUCCCGAUUACAACUGCUCAGGGAGAGGAGCUGAGGAAGCUAAUAGAUGCACCUACUUACAUCGAAUGCAGUUCCAAAUCUCAAGAGAAUGUGAAAGCUGUCUUUGAUGCAGCCAUACGAGUGGUGUUGCAACCGCCUAAGCAGAAGAAGAAAAAGAGCAAAGCGCAAAAGGCAUGCUCCAUCCUAUGAUGAUUAGUGUUGGAAAGCUCUUGUUUUCAUACAUUUGUUGGUUUUGGUAUAUUAAAGAUCUUCUAACAAUGCAUCAAUGUGUUAAUGGACAGACACCCAUGUUUGUUUUGGUCUUUUUUAUAUAUUAAAUGGAGUUUGUUCAAAUGUAA